UUGUGUGUGUGUGUGUGUGUGUGUUGCAUGCAUGGAUGGAUGGGGGCGAUGACUCAGCAGUUCCCACCUCUUUGUUCAGCUUUUCUUCCCAGAAGGUUCUGCCAUGUCAUGAGCGCUGGCCUGCUAUUGAGCACGGAUGCUCUGACACGAAAAGGCCAGGCUGGAGGCUCGCCAACCACAACAUUUGCAUUCCCUCUGGAAGCCGGAAUUAAACUCUUUUUGGAGCAGAGACCCGUUAGAUAUGUCCUUAUUCUUCCAGGCUCCCUCAAUAUGCAGGCAGGUUCCAAACAACCCUGUCACCGGAGUGGACAGGAUUAGAACCCAGAACCCUAAUCUUCCAUCAACGGUAGGAGGUGCUCCACGAUGAGGCAAACCUGGACCGCCUGGUGUUGGACAGUCGUGCUCCUGGUUGCUCUGUUCGACGAGCCCGUCGUUUGCCGCCGGGGUGGGAGUCGAGGAGGGGGAAGCAGCAAAAGCCGAGGGUCCUCCUCUUCGUCCUCGUCCUCCAGUCGGGGAGGCUUUCAUUCUCUACCAAAGAGCAGCAGCGGCGGACAAAGUCAACCGGGCAGCUCCAGCGGCUCCCGGGGGGCAAAGGUGGCCGGAGCGGCUGCCGUUGGGGCAGCCGUCGGUUACGGCCUGAGCUCUCUCGGGAGAUCCCGUUACUCCCGAGGAGGGCAAAGCUCCUCAACAGCCGGGAAGCCGGCGGCCCAGCCUGGCUUCCAGAACCCCAACUGGUCAGACCCCAUGAUGGAGAGGGAGCUCUACAGCCGAGCCCCGAAGGACCCCGGCCGGGUGACCCUCCUGACCUUCUCCCCUGUGGUGUGUGGGGUCGUCUACGUCAUCCGGGGCUAAGACCGAGUCACGGCCUUCAGACCUGGGAGGGCGGAAGAGGGACCACCCGGCCGCCGCCUCUCGCCCUGCGCUAUGGUUUGGUUUGCGGUGAA